CUUCCUCGUUUCAUCUCCCCACACGACCAGCAGCGAGACAUUAACAUGUACACUAACUACGUAUAGUUUCUGAUCAGCAUUCAAAAGAUGUUACCACGACGCCCGAAACCUCUCUUGUCCACCUUUGGUGUCGGUCCAUCUGGACAGCCCCAAGAAGAUCCUCGUUCCCUACAAGCACAACAGGACAUCAUCGACGAAUACAUUUAUGUCGGAAAAAGAGCAAGGGAGAUGUUGCGGCCUUGGGCUAGUGCGCCUUAUCAAGGGUUGUUCGAGAAGUACUUCAACGAUGUGAUCGGAGUACAUGAGGGAGUUGGGAUUCUUCUCAUGGCUGCGCAGUUGGAUCACGAGUAUUUGUUUGAUUCGCGGAGAAACGCAAACGCGACAAAGGCAACGUCAACAACAAAGGUUGUAAGUCCUAUGAGAACGGCAACGGAGGAUGAAAAACUGCAAGCAGGAGGAGAAGCACGACAAAAACAAAAUGAGGAGACUAUGUUGAAGAAACAGGAUGACUACGACAGUGGAUUACCCCUUAGCGAUGGCAUGUUGAAGUUUCCGACACAAAAGAGCCUUCACUUUCGUCAGCAAGACGAUAUCCAUUAUCAAGCUGCAGGAUUGACUGAAAACCUUCUAGGGUUCAUUUCAACGCAGCUAGUGAUUUGCACUUUAGCUCUUGCGGUUUCUAUCCCGCUUUUUGUGCAUGGGGUCAACGGUGUGUUUGAUCCAGAUUCUAUCGCGUUGAACGGAAAAAUAACGGACGAGACUGUAAUUGUAAAGGGCCUUGCUGAUGGUGGACAGUCGAACUCUUCGGAUCGUUCGGGAGAAGACGAUACACCUACGAGUACGACAUCAACUUCAUCAAGUAGCUCUUGGUUUGAGUGGCAAUCUUCGUCUCCCGGCUUUCUAUUUGCGUGCCAUAUAGUGGAGGUUGUUUUUCUGACUCUGAGUAUGUGGAACUCGACGCGGGGGGUCCUGCAUGGUUUUACCCUGUAUGGUGGCGUCGCAGUCUAUUUCCCGGAGUUGCAUCAGAGUAUGGCACUAAGCAGAAUUGUUGUUGUUCUCAAAAAGGACUACUGAUACUGGACGACUUAGCUUGUUAAGGUCCUGACAGCUUGCUUGUUGUUGUUCAUCAGGAUGAUGAGUGGAAUAAAAGAAAGCGACUGCGACAGACAACAGAAACAGUGUACUUAGAAGCAAUAUGUGUGUAGAAGUACUUAGAAACAAAUAUGUAUGUAUCCAGGUCCAGCUCCAGCAGAUAACUUAAUGCGGCUAGAUAUUAGAUAAGCACCAGAGUUUCCGCCUUUAUCGUGGUCGUGGUCGUAAAUCGAAGCUCUCAUACCACAGUACAAGUUCCUGCUGUCGGUGAUCACCCAGCCUGGCGUGCUGUUUUUGAACGCCGCGAACUCGGUUUUUUUCAUGUGCUGUGCUUUACCGUUUCUGUGCACACGAAUUUCGCCGAUUCUGACCAUUGGAGCUUUGGUCUUCAUGCUGUCGAUCUUCUACACGAUCAUCGCACAUGUACUCGCUACGGGAGACAUGAUUGCACGACAGAUGCACGAGCGCGCGCAGCAAAUAUGCAAAGUGUAUUGUACGGAUGAAGAUCGAGAAGACGUAGGAGGGGGUGGAGAUAGAAUUAGAAACGAAGAAGAUGACAGCAGCACUAAUCUUGUUAUGGUGCAAGAUGGUCAUGGUAGAAGGGCAGUGUCAAAGGCCAAGGAUGGAGGAAGAAGAGUAUACACAAGCUCUGGAGGAGGUGCCGAGACGAGGCAGAAACAUGUUGAAGAAGAAAGUGGAAUUAUAAGCAAGUAUGCGAGAAAGGUGAGUAUUUUUUUCUCAUGAGGUGGAGGAUGGAAAACAUUUCUUGGAAUCAGACUGAUGAAAGUGGACUUCUUAGUCUUGGGUUUGUGUCAGGAACAGAAUCAAGGCCUGCCACGUGGUGUUCGCUGAUGCAGAUCGUGCGGAGAAGUCGUACUUAUGCGCUGAUGCAGCUGGAUGCAGAUCACGAGAAACGACAGAGAACUUUUUUAGGGAAAGUGACGAAAUUGGAGGUCUAUCUGUGGCUGCAGACAGGUGGAUCACGACGGGGGAGCAGAUUCAUGGACUCAUGAAUACAGCGCUAGGGUGAUCGGCCUCUCAGAUGCUGGCUGACUGCUGAAGAAAAGGGGGUACGCUACUUCUGGUUCUGUUGUUAAUGCACAUAAGAAAUCGGGGUCAUUCAUGCACAUGGUGCCUGGGAAACAUAAUUGUACAUUUUCAUCUUGUUGUAUUUUUUGACAGACGAUUCACAAAACUCGAAAAUCAUCUUCGGAUGUUACACCAGCAGGUC